AUGGAGGCGGAGCAGCAGAAGCCGCAGCGCCCGCGGCGCAAGGCACAGAAGCGCAGGAUUGACGACGAGGCCGCCGCCUCGGCCGCCGCAGCCGCCGCCGCCGCCGCCGCCGCCGCCGCAGCGGCCGCCGCCGUCUCGUCGCCGCUCGGCAGCGCCGAUGCCGACGACGACAACGAGGACGACGAGGGCUCCGUCGGCCCCGAGAUCUGCUGCCGCCAGUCCCAGGCGGCGGUCGCCCGCGAGGUCCGCACGCAGGUCGACGCCCUCCACCACUGCUUCUCGUGGCGCCACGCCGACCGCGCCACCGCCAAGCGCGCCACUAGCGUCCUCGCCGAGCUCGCGAAAAACGAGGAGAUGGUGAACGUAAUCGUAGAGGGCGGCGCCGUGCCGGCGUUGGUGUGCCACCUGAAGGUGCCCCCUAUGGCGGCGGCGGUGGAGGAGGAGCAGCAGCCGCGGCCGUUCGAGCACGAGGUGGAGAAGGGGGCUGCCUUUGCUCUCGGGCUCCUAGCCGUAAAGCCUGAACAUCAACAACUUAUAGUUGAUGCUGGUGCCCUACCCCUGCUGGUGACUCUCCUAAGAAGGCAUAAAAAUGCUACAAAUUCGAGGGCAGUUAACAGCCUUAUCAGAAGAGCAGCUGAUGCAAUUACCAACCUUGCUCAUGAGAAUAGCAACAUCAAAACUUGUAUCAGAAUUGAAGGCGGAAUCCCACCUCUCGUUGAAUUGCUAGAAUCACAGGAUAUUAAGGUGCAGAGGGCAGCUGCAGGGGCCUUGAGGACUUUGGCGUUUAAAAAUGAUGAAAACAAAACCCUGAUCGUUGAUUGCAAUGCACUGCCAACGUUAAUCUUAAUGCUGCGGUCAGAGGAUGCUGCAAUUCACUAUGAAGCAGUUGGUGUCAUUGGAAAUUUGGUCCAUUCAUCCCCAAAUAUCAAGAAAGAGGUUCUUAAUGCGGGGGCCUUGCAACCUGUAAUUGGGCUAUUAAGUUCCUGCUGUACGGAAAGCCAAAGAGAAGCUGCUUUGUUGCUAGGGCAGUUUGCUUCGGCCGACUCUGAGUGCAAGGUCCAUAUUGUGCAACGGGGGGCAGUCCGACCACUAAUUGACAUGCUACAGUCAGCUGACUUCCAACUCAGGGAGAUGUCAGCUUUUGCCCUUGGGAGGCUUGCACAGGACACACAUAACCAAGCAGGUAUUGCAUACAAUGGUGGCUUGUUGCCUUUACUAAAGCUUCUUGACUCAAAAAAUGGUUCUCUGCAACAUAAUGCUGCGUUUGCUCUUUAUGGAGUUGCGGACAAUGAGGAUUAUGUCUCUGACUUCGUUAAAGUAGGAGGUGUCCAAAAGUUGCAGGAUGGAGAAUUUAUCGUCCAGGCUACAAAGGACUGUGUAGCUAAGACAUUGAAGAGGCUAGAGGAGAAGAUAAAUGGACGAGUGUUAAAACACUUGGUUUAUCUCAUGAGAGUAGGAGAAAAGUCUGUGCAGAGGCGUGUUGCUCUGGCUCUCGCACACCUCUGUGCCCCUGAAGAUCAGCGAACAAUUUUUAUUGAUAAUAAUGGUCUCGACUUGCUUCUUGAUCUUCUGGUUUCGGUCAGCUCGAAACAUCAACAGGAUGGUUCGGUAGCACUAUACAAAUUAGCCAACAAAGCUGCAGCACUCUCUCCGAUGGAUGCUGCACCUCCAUCUCCAACGCCACAGGUUUAUCUUGGAGAGCAAUAUGUGAACAGUUCGACACUUUCAGAUGUCACCUUCUUGGUGGAAGGAAAACGCUUUUAUGCACACAGAAUUGCUUUGCUUGCUUCUUCAGAUGCAUUCCGUGCAAUGUUUGAUGGUGGAUACAGGGAUGCAAGAGACAUAGAAAUUCCAAAUAUCAGGUGGGACGUGUUUGAACUCAUGAUGAGAUUUAUCUAUACAGGGUCAGUCGAAGUAACCAACGAGCUUGCUCAAGAUCUUCUGAGAGCUGCAGAUCAGUAUCUGUUAGAAGGCCUCAAACGCCUAUGUGAAUAUACAAUUGCGCAGGAUGUUAAUUUAGACAACGUCUCUGAUAUGUAUGACUUAUCCGAAGCCUUUCAUGCCAUGUCACUGAGACAUACGUGCGUCUUGUUUAUUUUGGAGCAGUUUGAUAAGAUCUGCACCAGACCCGGUUUCUCUCAGCUAAUCCAGCGCGUCAUCCCUGAGCUCCGCAACUUCUUUGCUAAGGCGCUAAGGCCAAGCCACCGGAGUGCGCAACCAUGA